AUGAUAUUCAGAGGAAUAGAUAUAGAACCUUUGGAGACAGUCAAAAGAGCCCAAGAAGAUGCAGAAGAAUGGUAUGAAAAAAUGGAGGCAAAAGAAAAAGGAACCACAAGCAUGCCUGGUCCGAAUGUGAGAAGGAAACCACCCAAGCAACAGUGGCUGAAAUGCAACAGUGAUUGCACCUGGUCUGAACAGAGGAAUACAUGUGGCACAGGGUGGAUCUUGAGAGACCAGAGAGGGGAAGUCCUGUGGAUGGGAGCCAAAACAUUGUCGCGUCUUAGUUCAGUGAUUGAAGCAGAAGCGGAGGCAAUAAGAUGGGCCAUUAUCAGCCUCAAAAGGUUAGGAUAUACGCAGAUUGAGUUCGAAACUGAUUCUAAGGAACUGGCAGGAAUCUGCAGUAAGGAGAAGGAAUGGCCUAAGCUCGGUCCCUUAAUGGAAGAUAUCAGAUAG